AUGGCACCACCAACAUUUUUAACAAUAUUUAAAGAUGUUUAUCUUAGACAACAAGUAUUUAGAAAUGUAGAAAACAUAUCAAAACAAAUACACAUUAGUAAAGGAUACAGAACAUCUAGAAAAGGUAGAGAUAUUAUCAAGUUGCUUCAUCUAGAGAUGAUAUCUACAUUUGCAUUGCCAUGGGACUUUAUCAAACACUACUUGCCACCAAGUAGUGAUCAACUAUUGUUAAAGAGAAGAGUACAAGUGAUCAAUAGAUACUGUGAACAUCGUAAUGCAACCUAUGAAACAUUUAAACAGUUGUUGGAAUGGUCACCUGAUUAUGAUCCUCUUCAACUCGACCAUUACGCCGGAUGUUUCAUUGCUAUCAUUAGAAGUGGACAUGAAGAUAUCGUUAAACAUCUCCUCACCCUCUUUCCAGACCAAAUACCACUACUCAAGACUAUUGAUGUGGCUGCUCAACAAGGACACCUUUCAUUGGUUCAAUUCCUAUUUACUCAACCUGGUGCCACCUACUCUGCCGAUGCUCUGAACAAUGCCGCAAAGAAUGGUCAUCUUGAAAUCGUAAAGUACCUCGUUGAACAAAAAGGUGCAAAGAUUUCCGAUAAAGCAAUCAAUUCUGCUUCUUUUGGUGGAUAUUUAGAUAUUCUCAAAUUUUUAGAUUUACAUUUUAAAGGACAAUGUAAAAGAUCGAUUACAUCGGCUGCGACAAACGGACAUUUGGAUGUCAUCAAGUAUAUCGAUGCCAAUCGACAAGAUCCAACCAAUGCAGAUGCAAUGAACCGUGCUGCUGGUGCAGGGUUUUUGGAUAUUGUACAAUACCUACAUCAAAAUCAUACAGAGGGUUGCACAACCGCUGCCAUGGAUGAUGCUGCACUUGGAGGACACUUUGAAAUAGUUAAAUGGUUACAUGAAAAUCGUAGUGAAGGUUGCAGUACCAAAGCAAUGGAUCACGCCGCCACUUUGGAAAUUACUAAAUUCCUUCAUUACAAUCGCACAGAAGGUUGUACAGAGCAUGCAAUCGUCCAAGCUGCGAUCAAAGGUCGAUUAGAUAUUAUCACAUUUUUAAAUGAUAAUAGAACUGAAGGUUGCACUCAAAAGGCUAUUGACUGGGCUGCUUCAAACAAUCAUUUUAAUGUUGUAAAGUAUUUAGGAGAAAAUAGAAGUGAAGGAUGUUCAAGUGCAGCAAUUGAAAAUAUUACAUAUAAUCAAAAUGGUGAUUUGGAGAUGAUUAAAUAUUUGUGUAGUCGUCUUGGUGCAACUGUCUCUAAAAAUGCAAUCAACUAUGCCUGUGAACACGGGAGAUUGGAUAUUAUUGAAUACUUUGAUCAACACUGUACACUUUCAAAUGAUGUUUGGACAAUCAAUGCUUUGGAUAGAGCUGCUGGAUACAGUGGCAAUUUUGAAAUCACAAAGUAUUUGCACGAGAAUCGUACCGAGGGCUGCUCUGCCUUGGCAAUGGACAAUGCUGCGUGGAGGGGUGACUUGGAAAUGGUUAAAUGGUUGCACGAGAAUCGUACAGAGGGCUGUUCUACCGAAGCCAUGAAUCUAGCAACAUCUAGAGGCAAUUUAGAGGUAUUGAAAUGGUUACACCACAAUCGUACCGAGCGUUGUACUACCAGUGCCUUGAUUUGUCAUCAAGACGAUGUACCAGUUUGUGAAACCAUCCAAUACCUCUUUGACCAAAAACUAAUCACAAAGAAUCAAAUCAAGAAAUACAUACAACAAGAGAAUUCUUUGUAUUUUGAAGUUCAAAAGUUAAUCUGUGAUUUUGCAAAUAGUGAAGAUUAG